CAGCCUCCCAAAGUGCUGGGAUUACAGCUAAAAGAAUAUCAGCAGAGGAACAGCCCUGGUGUUCCGGCAGGAGCGAAGACGAAAAAGAAAAAUACUGGCAGUAGCCCUGAGACAACCACUUCUGGUGGUUGCCACUCACCUGGGGAUAGCCGGUACCAAGAACUGGAAGUAGCCCUGGACUCAAGCUCCGCAACAAUCAAUCAACUCAAUGAAAACAUAGAAUCUUUGAAACAACAGAAGAAACAAGUGGAACAUCAGCUGGAAGAAGAAAAGAAAGCAAACAAGGAAAUACACAGAGCACAAACGGAGCAGUUAGAGACAAUCAACAUCCUCACAUUGGAAAAGGCAGACUUGAAGACCACCCUUUACCAUACUAAACGUGCCGCCAGACACUUCGAAGAAGAGUCCAAGGAUCUGGCCGGCCGCCUGCAAUACUCCUUACAGCGUGCUCAAGAAUUGGAGCGGGCUCUCUCUGCUGUGUCUACCCAGCAGCGCGAAGAGGACAGGUCCUCGAGCCGCAGUGAAGCAGUCCUCCAGCGGCAGUUACAGCAGACCAGAAAGGAGCGGGCGCUGCUGAACGCACACGUGACACAGAUGACAGAGUCACUUAAACAAGUCCAGCUACAGAGAGAUGAGUAUGCUCAACAUAUAAAAGGAGAGAGGGCCCGGUGGCAGGAGAGGAUGCGGAAAAUGUCGGUGGAGGUGAGAGCAUUGAAGGAGGAGAAGAAGCGUGACAUACAUCGGAUACAGGAGCUGGAGAGGAGCUUGUCCGAACUCAAACCCCACAUAGCUGAGCCCCCAUCCCCAGCGCCCCCAGCAGGGCCCUCUGAGGUGGAGCAGCUACAAGAUGAGGCCAAACACCUGAGGAAGGAGGUGGAGAGUUUGGUGGGAAAACUCCAAUCCCAGGUGGAAAACAAUCAGGCCUUGAGUCUCCUGAGCAAGGAGCAAAAGGAGAGGCUUCAGGAGCAGGAGAAGAGGCUCCGGGAGCAGGAGGAGAGGAGUCUUCGGGAGCAGGAGAGGCUGUGUGAGCAAAAGGAGAGGCUUCAGGAGCAGGGUGAGAGGCUGCGAAAGCAGGAGGAGAGGCUGCGAAAGCAGGAGGAGAGACUGCGAAAGGAGGAGGAGAGGCUGCAAAAGCAGGAGAAGAGGCUGUGGGAUCAGGAGGAGAGGCUGUGGGAGAAGGAGGAGAGGCUACGAAAGCAGGAGGAGAGGCUGCGAAUGCAGGAGGAGAGGCUCGCACUCUCCCAGAACCAAAAGCUCGACAAGCAGCUGGCUGAGCCACAGUGCAGCUUCAAAGAUCUCAGACACGACAACAAGAGCGCUCUGCAGUUGGAGCAACAAGUAAAGGAGCAGCAGGAGAAACUGAGUGAGGAGCACCUAGAAGCUGCCAGCCAGCAGAAUCAACAGCUAGAGGCCCAGUUGAGCCUCAUGGCUAUCCCUGGAGAAGGAGAUGAAGGAGGACAUCUGGACGGUGAGGAGGAGGAGGCACCUCGGCUCAUGCCAAACAUCCCAGAGGACCUGGAGUGCCAGGAGGCCAUGAGCAGCUUUAUGGACCUCUCGAAGAAGGCGGACAGGAAGGAGCAGGUGGAAAAAUUAGAGCUUGGAUUCAUCCAGCUCUCUGGAGCAACAGAGGGCAUGAGAGAGUACAUCACCGAAUAUGAGAGCCAGGGGGCAGUGCCAAACACUCUGCACCAGGAGAAGGAGGACGUCAUCAGGCCGGCUCAGAACGAGGAGAUGAAGGUGAAGCUGCUGGAACUGCAGGAGCUGGUGUUGCCGCUUGUGAGCGACCACGAGGGGCGGGACAAAUUCCCCCCCACUGCCCAGAACCCGGCUGAUGAGCCCGCUCCAGGGGCCCGCCCCCAGGAGCUUGGGGCUGUGGAGGAGCAGGGUGAUCUUCGUGAGGUGAGCCUGGCCGACAGCGUGGAGCCUGCACCGGGAGAGGCCAGGGAGGGUUCUCCCCGUGGCAACCCCACCGCACAGAAGAUCGUGCAGCUGAUUCCUGUAAUGCAGGACACCCAGGAGCACCCAGGCUUGGCCAGCAAACCCUGCGUCCCAUUCUUUUACCGGGCAGCGGAGAACAGGGAGAUAAACAUCAUCAUCAUCUGAGAGCUGGUCAAGAAAUUGAAAAAAAACAACAACAAAAAGUUAUGGGGUUAAUCCCCUACACAAUUCAUUUACUUCAUUUGAAUGUUAGAGCGCCUCGUGUUUAUUUAUGUUUCUAAUUUACAGUUUAAAUUUCUUUGUGAAAAGUUAAGGGAGAGUGGGUCUUUUCCUGAUGUUCACUCUGGCA